AUGUCUACGUCUACUUUCACGCUCGACCCUGCGAUAUUCAAUCGAUCAUUAUACAAGAAGAUAACAGACUUGUGGUUUUCUGGCGUUGAUACGACUGGUCAGAACUUUGACAUGAGCGUUGCAAAACGCUGGUUCGCAAGCAGUCCUGAAGAGCGAGACGUCUUUGAUGGACAAUGUAGAAGCACAUGCGUGAAUGCGCUUGAAGCAAUCGGACCAGACAAAUUCCCAGAAGCGAGUGCGCAGCCAUUUCUAGACGAGAUUGCGCGCGUUGCGGAGGAGGAAAGCAAGGCAGAUGCUGCGACAGGAGAGGAAGCUGCAUGGACGGCACUGAGUUUCGCACUGCUGCUAGACCAAAUGCCACGGAACAUAUACCGCACAGAAGACGGUUUGCGACUGGUGUACACGCAUUACGAUCGUAUUGCUCAUGCAUUCACUCGCAACAUUUUGUCGCACUCUUCGCCCAUUCCCCGCCCAGAUACACACCCAGUCAUGCGUCUCUCUGCUGCGCACAGGACUUGGCUUUACAUGCCUCUGAUGCACUCUGAAGAUCUAUCUGCCCAUGACCUCGCCGAUGGGAUCCUGACGGAGUUUUCUCGAGAACUCGAAGGUAUAGAUGGGUAUAAUGGCACGAAGAUGUGGGUUGAGAACUACCAGAAGUCUGCGAAGGAACACAGGGACAUACUGGAACGGUUUGGUAGGUAUCCCCAUCGGAACACUGCCUUGGGUAGGACUAGUACAGACGAAGAGCGUAGGUUUAUUGAAGAAGGGGGAGCAACAUUUGGUGUUGCACAGAAUCAGAAGGGCGACACAGAGAAGGUAGAUGCAGUAUAA